AUGUUCAACGCGAAGAACGGUUUUUCUGAGGCACACGUGAGGGGAUGUCAGACCAAACGACUCACCAAACAGAACUACGCCGAACUUUCUCGAUGUGACACGUUGGAAGACAUCAAGACGUACUUGCAAACGAUGAGUGAUUAUUCAGAAUAUGUUCGUGAUCUUCAAGCGCCAGUGAGACCGGUUGACAUUAUUGAAUGCUGCAGAAAGAGACAGAUCGCAGAGUUUAAUAUUUGCUGUCAGCAGGCUUCUUCCCCUUUGUCCAAUUUUUUGGAGUAUUUGACGUACGGAUACAUGAUCGAUAAUCUUGUGUUGGCUUUAAAUGGCAUGCUUCGUGGACGUACCACAGAGGCAAUACUUGAGAAGUGUAGCCCCAUUGGUUUUUUCGAUUCUUUAUCCGCGGUUGUCGUGUCGAGUAGUGUCCAAGAACUCUACAGACUAGCUCUCGUGGAUACACCGCUUGCCUCUUAUUUCAGUAGCUCGAUUAAGGCAGAAGAUCUGGAUGAGUUAAAUAUUGAGCUCAUACGGAACGUCCUAUACAAGGAAUAUUUGCAAGAUUUCAUGGUUUUCUGCAACAAAAUGGAUCAAAACACACGUCAAUUGAUGGAGAAACUACUUAGCAUGGAGGCCGAUCGGCACGCGAUAAGAAUCACACUGAACUCUUUCGGAACAGAGCUUUCCAAGGCUGAUCGAAGAAAUCUUUAUACGAAUUUUGGCACCAUGUACCCCGAUGGCUUCGCGCGUCUUGCGAAUUGUGAAACGGUAGAUGAAGUGAAACGCAUACUAGUAGCUUAUCCAGAAUUCAGAGAGUUGACGAAAAGUGAUGAUCCCCACUACAUUGACAGGGGACUACGCGUUCUCGAACUGGAAGCAUGUGGACAAGCACUCGAUGAGCAAUUCAAUUUCGCUAUCUUUUAUGCUUUCGUAAAGUUUCAGGAGAACGAAAUAAACAACCUGAUGUGGCUCACUGAGUGUGUUGCUCAAAGGCAAAAAAGUAGUCUAGGCGAGGGCAUUGUCUACAUACAAUAG